CAUUUAAUUUUAGCGCGAAACAAAACCACACCAUUGCAUGCAUUGAUGGUCUCUCGCAAAAUUUUGCCGUGUGCGUGUAUCAGCAGGUGAAUAGAAAGUGAAAAUUGUCUCGGACUGUUCUAUUCCCCGUCACUAGGCAGUCUUUCAACCAGAGAUUUCAUGAUGUCUGAGCAACAGAGGGAUGUUCCUCUGGAAGUUGAUGACAAGUGUUCAGAAUCAGAUGAAGUGAUAGAAUCACUUCCCUCUUGCCACCCAGGAGCCUUAACACCAGAGAAACUUCGGGAAGCAGAAAUGGCAUCGACCGGUUCUGAAGCUAGUGACAGUCAGAUGCCAGGAGGAACAUCUGGUAGGACCUCUCCUGCCAGCAGCACUGGGCAGAACAGCGAUGCAAGCAUGAGUACUGAUGGGGAUAUGAUCAUCACUGACAGUAUGCGUGCUGAAGAAGAAAAGCUGAAACAGAAUGCAGAAGAAGAGCAAAAAUCACAAGAGAUAGAGUCUGGUGAUAGUUGGAAGACAGAACUGGAGGAGCAGAGAUACAAGAGGCUUCAGCAUCUGCUUCAGAAGAGCAGUAUUUAUACAAAUUUUCUGCUCUCCAAGAUGGAUGAACAACAAGCCAAGGAACGCAAGAGACAAGAGAGACAGGCUCAGAAAAGGAAGGAAGAGGAGAAGAACCAAAAGAAAGAGAAGAAGGCAGAAGAAAAGAAAGAACAGCUAGAGACACCCAAAAGGUCGAGAAGAAGUGCAAGAAAACAAGACCAAGAAGAUAGCCAAGAAAGUGGCAGCAGUCAAGAAGGAGCAGGAAAGAAAUCAUCAAAGGGAAAAAAGCAGAACAGUGAAACAGAUUCACCUGGGAGGGGCAGGAAGAGGAAAGCAGAUACUUAUUCAAUUGCUGAUUAUUUGAACAAAGAGACCCUGACCAAGACAUCUAAGAAGCAGAAUGUAGAUCAAACAGACACAGCUGCAGAACCCACAGACACACUAACAGUAGAUGAUGAUGCUGAUCAAACUGUUAAAGCGAGUAAAGGUGACUUUGUGGAUACCUUCAGCAGGGUGAUCAAUGGAGAGAAAGUCUCUGAUCUUCAGCCGGAUCUCUUCUCUGGUGGUGUGCUUAGGAAGUAUCAACUGGAUGGCAUGGAAUGGCUUAAGGUGCUGUAUGAGAAUGGUGUCAACGGUAUCUUAGGAGAUGAAAUGGGACUUGGUAAGACUAUACAGUGUAUAGCUCUGUUUGCUUAUGUGAUUGAGAUGGGAGUACCAGGCCCGUUUCUAGUGUGUGCGCCACUGUCUACUGUGCCAAACUGGGUGUCAGAAUUCCAGCGAUUUACCCCGAAGAUUCCAGUGUUACUGUACCACGGCACCAAAGAGGAAAGAGCCAAGAAAAGGAAGCAGAUUCGUAAGAAGAUUGGUGAACACCAGUCUCAUCCCAUCGUCAUCACAUCGUAUGAGAUUGUGAUGAAUGAUAGGAUUCAUCUACAGGGGUUGCAGUGGAAGUAUGUCAUCGUCGAUGAGGGACAUCGUAUCAAGAAUCUCAACUGCAGACUUAUCAAGGAGCUGAAGAUGUACCAGACAGCGAACCGUCUACUGCUGACGGGUACUCCUCUGCAGAACAACCUUGCUGAGCUCUGGUCCAUGCUCAACUUUCUCUUGCCAGAAGUCUUUGAUGAUCUCAAUACAUUCCAGUCAUGGUUUGACUUCUCUACCCUGUCGAAGGAAGGUGGUGAUGAGGCUAUCAUAGCCCAAGAAAGAGAACAACAUGUCAUCUCUAUGCUCCAUCAGAUACUGACACCAUUCUUGCUACGUCGUCUGAAGGCUGAUGUGGACCUCAUGAUUCCACCCAAGAAAGAACUCUUGGUUCACGCACCACUCACCAAACAUCAAGAAAAGUUCUACAAAUACACAUUAGACAAGACUAUCAAGGAGAGGCUACAGGAAGGAGAUGAGCCCACAGCUGCGCCGGUAGAGCUGACACCUUCUGGGCGUCCAAAGAGACGAUCAAAAACUAUCAACUAUGCAAUCAUGAUGGACUCAGGCAAGAAGGAGAAGGAGAAGAAAGGCAAGAAGAGGAUUAACUUUGAGAAGGAAGAAGAUGACAUCAUCGAGUGGUCGAAUAUGAUGGAGAAACAACUAGAAAAGGAAGAGAGAGAGAUGAAUCUCAAGAUGCCUGAAACCUCCGUCGUGAACAUCAAGCUACAGAACGUGGUGAUGCAGCUGAGAAAGUGUUGUAACCAUCCCUACCUCCUGGAGUACCCUCUCCUUGAAACUACCGGAGAAUACCGGGUGGACGAGGAGCUGGUCUCCUCUUGCGGCAAGAUGCUGGUGGUGGACAAACUCCUGCCUGCUCUCAAGGAGAGAGGUCACAAGGUGCUUAUAUUCUCCCAGUUUACGACCAUGUUGGACAUCCUAGAAGACUUCUGUCAUAUGAGAAGCCAUCAGUACUGUAGACUGGAUGGAACCACAUCAUUAGAAGAUAGACAGGAGAGAAUGAAAGAAUUCAACUCAAACCCAGAUGUGUUCCUCUUCUUGUUGAGUACUAGAGCUGGAGGCUUAGGAAUCAACCUAACGGCAGCUGAUACUGUUAUCAUUUAUGACAGUGACUGGAAUCCCCAGAGUGACCUUCAGGCUCAAGACAGAUGUCAUCGCAUCGGUCAGACCAAACCAGUAAUCAUCUACAGACUGGUCACUGCUAACACCAUAGAUCAGAGAAUUGUAGAGAGAGCUGCAGCUAAACGCAAGUUGGAGAAGAUGGUCAUUCAUCAAGGUAAAUUCAAGGGAGGCAAGAGCAACCUGGCCAAGGACCACAAAGCACUGCUCAACCCCAAGGAACUCUUGGCUCUCCUACGCUCUUCAGAUCAUAGUGGUGAGGUGAAGAACUGCCGAGAGAAGGGCAUCAGCGACAGUGACCUCCAGCUCCUCCUGGACAGGUCGGACCUCAACGCAGAGCAGAAGAAGAGGAGCGAUGAAUUGGCCAAAGGGUCAAAGGUCAAAGAGGCCCAAGAGGAUGUCAGUCAAGGUGCUCAAGAAAUGCAGAUGGAAGCCUGAAGAGAAACAAAUCUUGGGAUGUUCUGCAGUAAUGUUUGUGUUUACUGUAGUUGCGCAGGGCCAGCUGGUUAUGUUUUCACCAUGCACAAUGCCUAAAGUUCCUGGUAUUGCGCAUAGAAUAUACAUGACAAGCUAGCCCUGCACAGAUAAGGUGCGCAUUUUCUGUAGAACAUCCAUAAAGCGAGACAGAUUGUAGAACUGGAACAUGUCCAUCAGACAGAGACCCUACUAAACAGUACUAUAUACAGUAUUAUCAGGCCAUUAUUUCAUCCUGUAUCUUUUAACUCCAUGUUCAUUGAUAUUUUAUGUGAUGACAUCAUUUAAAAGAUGUAAAGUGAUUUGUAUAUGUCACCUUGAAAGUAUGCAAUGGAGGUGUAAAAGUUUGACAUUAAUGUAUGUAACUACAGGUAUUGAAAUUCAAAGGAGGUACUGCUUGCCUAUUGAUGAAAGUUACUGAAGUGCCAUUAAUGAUAUAUCAUCUUGUUUUUAUAGUACUUCAGUGUGAACCUGUGGAAAUUGUCACUCUCUGCGACUUACUCUUUUACCCAACUUUAAUUGAUACAAGUAAAAGCAGCUGCUAAUAACUCCAAUUUUGAUUCAUUGGUGCUGAGUUAUUCCAGAUCUAAAUGAUAAAGAGGUUGACUAAUAUGACAAGUAUUAUGAAGAGAAAGGAGAGGUAGUUCAAGACAUACACAUAAUAACAUCAAGUAUAUAAUAAAAUUCAUCUUCAUGUAAUUCCCUUGAGUGUAGGGCUUGUAGGAAUGUAUGUAGAAAUAAUAUAUUCGUACUCAUAGGGAGAUUAACUAGUUACAACUUCAUGAAGAAGAUGUAUGAAAUGUGGUUGUUUUAGAAUUAGAGACGUUUUCAUAGAGUGAACUUUAAACAUGAAAUGCAUGAUAAUUGUCUUUUAAAAUAGAGUAUAGAUGAUAUAUUAACUUUUUUAUCCUAUUUAACAUAAAAAAUAUUUAAUGGACCCUUCUUAUUGUCUUGUUUCUUUAAACAUUUAAUCUCUUUGUCUUACUGCUUGGCAGAAUUAAUUCUCUUGGAUAACUAUUCAUGGUCCAUAGCUAUGUGGGAUAAUGGCGAACAUAGAAAAUGACAAAAGAAGAAAAAGAAACACAAAUAUGAAAUAUCAAUGUUAAUGGGAUUGAAUUUAGUAUUUACUGACAUUGCUGGAUACUUUGAUUAGAUUGACUUUCAAUCAUACUCUGCUACGUUUAGGUUUUUCAACACGAAAAUGAAGUAUAUGAAUGCGCUUUUCUUCACCCUGUACAAUCCGUCCUAUUACAUGCAAUGUUAUCAUAGACAAACAUGGAUUGUGUGCUGAGAGCCAGAAGGGUGUUAACACGGAUAAAGUAUAUGAGUGAGCACCAUUGCAACUAUCGGCAAUCACAUCAUGAAUGCAUGAAGGCAAACAUGGAUGCAAUUAUUAAGGUUCAUCUAGGUGGCAUGUUAAUACACUUAUUAUCUGCCGUAAAAGUAAAGUUUCAUCCGAAAGAAUCAAUCAAAGACAAGACUCACGCAAAGAUUACUAAGUCACUGUUUCCUGUCUUGUUAUGAAGUGUUUGUCUCUUGUUUUUAGUUUAGUUCUUUUAUUUUAUCUUCCAUUUAGUUCAAAUUAUCAUAGAUUCCUGUCUUGGUUGAAAUUCUGAAAGUGUUUUACCAUUUCUUUUCUUCUUUAUAUUCGUAGUUAUUAAGUUCAUUUUUGUUUCUAUCAGUUUGUUAUAUUGUAUGUUAAUGUGUUUGUUAUCAUUAUCUAACAUUUGAUUCUGUGAAAAGGCUUGUUGAUCUAUCCCAUACAUGGCCACUCCCACCUCAACUUUAAUGAUGAUGAUGAAUUGUUUCCAUAUCACUCUCCAUUCAUAUAUGUGGUAAAUGCACAUGCUAUUGGAACUUUGUUGUACAUGUUUGUUCCACCUCACCGAGUUAUAUGAUAUUGAGCUUCCCUCAAUGAUUGACAGACCUCAACAACACAAUUGUUUAGGCAGUAAUAUUGGCUCGUUCAGAUAUGAUGUAGUAACUUCAAAGGUCCUAUUCACUCAGCUCUGUGUAAGAAGAUACUUUAAUGUGAGGCAGAUCACAUGAAUAGGUCAUCAAACAAGCUGCUGUUUACUGUGUCCUAUCUCAACAAAGCCUUAAAUGUGAUGUCAAUUCAUCAGAAGCCAUGUGGGCAAUGUCUAUUGUAUAGUUUUGCCAAAAUGUUCCGGUGGGACCACUUUCAUUGUUAUUGUUUAAGUUGGACCAUCAUAAAAUGCUAAAAGCAAAUGGAACUCAUGCUAUUAGAACUUUGUUACCAAGAAUUUAUUUUUGAAAGAGAAGGAUCUGUCCUCCAAUUUGGUAGAAGGGAUUUCCCCCAUAAUUCUCAGUUUUGAGAGGGUUGAACAAUAACUCUCACAAGUAUUACCGAUACCUUAAAUGUGCCUAAGAAACAUCAUCCAGGAAAACAUGUACAUAUAUAUCAACAUAAGCCUUAUAUUCUUGUAAAUUCUUUGUCUUCCAAAUGUGUAUAACAUGUGGUAUUAUCAUUUAUGCAGAACUUGUUUUAUGUAUGGAGCCUAUUGUAUGUAUGUAAUAAAAAGUUUUUCAAAGAUCUAAGAAAAA